AUGUCGGCUGGGAAACCUUCGCUUAUGAGAGCGUUUGUUGGCGGUGCUUUGAUUGUAGCGGGAGGAUGGGGAAUCAUGGCAGGUGAGUAUGGUGUGGCUCGGGGAGGUAGCUCCUUACAAGCUCGAUGGCGUGGAAGCCCAUCCAUAAAUCUGCAUCACGCUCAUCCACGCAUAUCGCGAAUCCAAUCGAUCGCUCUAUUCUCCUUUUUCGAUGCGCUGCCUCUACUUCGCCUCAUUGCCCACCCAUGGCCCGGCCCUUUGAGUAGCGACCACGCCAAACGAACAGCAGUUCUACGACCAACUAUCUCCGGAGCUCAAAGCUCGCGUAGAUGCUCAACGAAACGCAGCCAGGCGAAAAGCAGCUUAUGCCGAACAAGCGCACGUGAGUAGAUAGCACACAGUUCAAAGGGGCCACAUUUCAGUGAAGCGUCGCUCGUAGAUCGAAAAGUGCAAGUCGCAUCCGGUAGCUCUAGCUCCCAAAGGCCCAUCGUCGUGUGCUGCUUAUCUUAUCCGCUCGGAAUUGACCGCGACUACUUUCUCUUUUCAACUUUUCUCGUCCCACACCACAGAGAGCGCAAGAUCAAGACGAUUCACCUGUACAGUGGCAGACGGGCAAAGAGGCUCGCGAUUCCACGCCUCCGCCUACCGGAGCGUUCGGUAAACCUUCUAGGUAG